GUGAUGUUGUGAAUCGAUUCAGAUCGCAACGUCAGACCCUCGAGCUCCGGUUGUCGGCAAUCCUCUACACCCGGAGGCUCUUUUGUUACAGCGGCGCGCUGCGGCAAUACUCUGUACUUGUAAACUUGUAAACUCAAGCUUCGGUCAAGAUCUCGCUUUCAGACCAUAAUCUGCCACACGGUUGUUGCUAACUGAGACUUAGAAACAUGGCUGUCGACAACUCCGGCCCAUUCAUCAAAAUUUCAUCGCCUUGUCCAAACGUGCGUCUGGUUGAACUGGCAAGAAAGCCUGUCAACGCUUUCACGGAUGAGUUUUGGGCAGAAUAUGGCCGUGUCUUCGACGACAUGGCAACUCUCACGGAAGAUAUUCGUGCUGUUGUAGUUUCAUCCGCUUUCCCAAAAAUCUUUAGCGCAGGAAUUGAUUUUCAAGGACUGUCCAGCUUAGACGGUCACGAUACUGAACCAGCAAGGCUAGGAUAUAUCACUCGCAGACAUAUUCUAGAGUUUCAACGCGCAAUAUCAGCUCCUGAAAGAUGUCCUUUUCCUGUCGUGGCAGCUGUUCAUGGAAUGGUCAUUGGUUUAGGAAUUGAUAUCAUCGCAGCUUGUGACAUACGCUACGCGGCCUCGGACACAACAUUUUCUAUCAAGGAAGUAGAUGUGGGUUUAGCUGCAGACAUAGGCACCCUGGCUCACCUCCCGAAGAUCACUGCCAAUCAGUCCCUUGCCCGAGAAUUAGCGUACACAGCCCGUCCAUUUUCUUCUGCAGAAGCCGAGAAGCUGGGGCUAGUUUCGAAAGUCAUUGACGGUGGAAGGGAAGCCGUAGUGCGCGAAGCAUUGGCACUUGCCAAAGUUAUAGCCAGUAAAAGUCCUGUGGCUGUAAUCGGUACCAAACAUUUACUCCUUCAUGCUAGGGAUCACAGUGUGGCUGAAAAUCUUGAGUAUACCGCCAUCUGGAACGGGGCUAUGGUUCAGUCACAGGAUCUAAAGGAGGCAGUUAAUGCAGGUAUUUCCAAAUCAAAAACAUUACCUGUCUUCCCUCCGUUGCGUAGCGUCCCUUCAAAACUUUGAAACCGUUUUAUACUGGGAAGAUAACACUCAAUCGAGAGUAAUGUGACUAUAUGUCUGAAGUCCUGUAUUGACUUGCACGCAUAACCUCCACAUGAGGUACCCGACCUUAACGCGUUGACAUAGGUAGAUCAUAACGAUUAGAGCCAGUUGACCGAAAUCAAUACAAAGCGACGUUCGUGGAUUGUGUCAGCUCAUAUUGGGCCCUAACAUCCCGCAUUAUGCGUU